GUAGGGGUGGCCGGCCGGUCAGGGGAGGAUUGGGGAUUACUCGCUCCGUCCGGGUGGGGACCUGGGCGAGGCCAGAUUCGUCAGCAGCCGUGCGAUCAAGAACCGACGGCGGAGCAGGCUGGGAUACUCCGAGUCGAACACGGACAGUCGGACACGGCGCUUCUUCCCGUAUCAGGUGCGGAAUGCCAUCUAGUCCUUUCCCAGUUUCAUGCGGCCAUCACCCGUCAGCGUCGCCGUCGUUAUGGUGCGGCGGCACUGCCAGUAUUGGAGUCAGCGUGUGCCGAGGCAAAGCCAGAAUUCCUAGAAACUCCGUCGAUCCAUAGUUCAGACUUCAGAUUCUGGGCUCCGGUGCGUGUCCUCAUGCCCGCGCCGGUGCGUGUCCUCCUGCCCGCGCCCGGUCCGGUGCGCGUCUUCGUGCCCGCGCUCGCGACGAGGACAUCGCCACCACCAUCACCGGCCGGUUGUCCCCCACCACUGGGAUCUGGGCUCAUGGAGAGGAGUUCAUCUUCAAUAAAAGCUGCGGUCGACAUGGCAACUGCGCAUCGGGAGGCAAUUAGGGAAGGAGAAAAGAGAAAGCAAGCACAUGUUUGAUUUCUUGCCAAAAAAUCCCCUAUCGAUUUGAUUUGCUGAUACUUGCAGCCAUCGAGGUGGAGAGGCACUUAGCUAUAUAUCGAUUUGUGUUCAGGGAAGGGGAGAGGAGGAGGCAGGUGCAGGGAAAGGGCUUAUGGACAAGAGCUCAACUGCUGCCACCGCAACUGCACAUCUGGAGGCAAUUAGGAAAAGGGAGAAGAAAAAGCAAGCACAGGCUAAUGAGGGAGAGGGGAUUUCAUCAUCAGUGAAGCAUAAGGUCCCCAGACCAAGGGCAGCACCUGCAAAGCGGUUCAAGUCACCACUAGCAUCGAAGUCAACUAGAGUCAGAAUGAUGCUAUCCCCUAGGGUCAUUUCUCCAUCUACAACAUUGGCUAGGUCUUCACAAGAAUCGCAAAUAUCUCCUUUUAUCAAAAAAGAAGUAUGCUUGGUCACGGCAGGGUGGUUCUGCAGCCUGCCAUCCUCACUGCAGCUGAUGUUCUCUAGGGCUCACCCUCUUCACUGGCAGAUGGGAGUUGAGAAUUUUAUGUGUUCAGAGACAAGUCAUCUUUCGUGGCAACCUGUUGUUGCAAAUGGAUGAAACCUGUGAAACCUGAUGUGGCAACUUGUUGUGACAACUCAUCUUAUAUGCUAUUUUGUUUAUCUGCCAUGCAAGGAUAAAAAUAUGUAAUAUGUGAUGUAUUAGCAGGACUCCUUUUCAGAUUUUAUUUUGUUGCCAAAGCGCUCCGCUAG